UUUUUUUAAAAUUAUUAUUCUAAGGCGCUCCUAAUCAGCCAUCUCAGUAACCAGUAACUGUCUAACUGUUACAUUAUGGCAGAGAAUCAGAGUGUAAGCGCAUUUCCUCUGCCUCCUAGCAAAUAUGUCAAUCUGUACACAGAUGAAAAUGUCAAGAGAGGCAGGGCACCACUUCCACCUCCGCCCAUUCAGGACACAUAUACCAUGUUUGGAGCACAGUUUAAUGCAGAGGAUGCUAUUAUUAGACCUUUGGAAUCUCAAGGAUUUCGACGUCUUCAUCCCCAGAAUUAUGAUCACAAAAGAGAGCUUAAGAAGCUAAAUCAAUCCAUUCUGGUGAAUUUUCUGGAUUUGAUUGACAUUCUGAUAAAAGCCCCUGACUCAUCAAAGCGUACUGAAAAGCUUGAGGAUCUGAACCUACUGUUUAUCCACAUGCAUCACCUAAUUAACGAGUUCCGACCUCAUCAAGCCCGAGAAACACUCCGUGUCAUGAUGGAGAGGCAGAAGAAAGAGAGAUCACAAAUAUCCAAAAACUUUGAGACUCAUUUAAACAAAGUGAAGGAACUGAUUCAGACUAGUUUACAAAGUUUGCCAGAGGAUUUCAGCUUUGAUUCCAAAAGCUUGGUGAAAACAGAACUUUUGCAAGCCUCCCAGCAACACAAUGGUUAUGAUGCAGAGUCUGAACCUUGUGACCAGCUGGACAGAAUGAUGUGUGACAUUGUAGAUGGGAUGGGAUAAAACUGAAGACAGUGUUCAUAAAUUAAUGAGAGGAUUGAUAACUGUCAUUAGUAAUGAAUAGUAGUAAAUGAGUUUUGUCAAUCUAAAACUUACAGCCAUGAAACAGAUUUGCAUUUCUUCAUGCUUGAUAGCUUGUCCAUGUUUUAAUGUAUGCACUAGUGAAUCAGAAUUUGUAAAAAAAAAAAAAAAAUAAAAAAA